AUUUACUAUAUAUAACUCCUCUUUUAUUUUUCAUCAACACUUCCUCUCCUUUCUCAAAAAAAAAAAAAAAUGGCAUUAGUAAGAGAGCGUAGACAACUCAACCUCCGCCUCCCUCUCCCUGAAAACUCCCAACGCCGCCCAUCUUUUCCAUUACCACUACCUCCACCUACUCACUCCUCCGCCACCACCACCGCAACAACCAUCGUUACAACCACCGUUACAACCACCGCAACAACCUCUUCCGUUUCAUCCUCUCUUUCUGAUUUCACCAAACUAUCCGUUCUUGGCAGUGGAAACGGCGGAACUGUCUACAAAGUAGCCCACAAGCAAAACGGCACCGUUUAUGCUCUAAAACUAGUCUCCUCUGAUCCAAACCCUACUCACCUCCGCCAGCUCAGCCGCGAGAAAGAAAUCCUCCGGCGUAUGAUCUCAUCGGACUCACCUUACAUCGUCCGAUGUCAUCGAGUUUUCGAGAAAUUAGAUGGUGAUUUGGCAAUACUAAUGGAAUACAUGGAUGGCGGUACACUUGAUCAUACUCUUAAAAACCAAGGCACUUUUUCUGAACCAUUGCUAGCCAACGUGGCAACACAAAUCUUGAACGGGUUAAAAUACCUUCACUCACAUAAGAUAGUUCACAGAGAUAUUAAACCCUCGAAUCUUCUAGUGAAUUCCAAUUGGGAAGUCAAGAUAUCUGACUUCGGUGUGGGGAGGAUCAUGGGUAGGACGCUGGAUCCAUGUAACUCAUACGUCGGCACGUGUGCUUAUAUGAGUCCCGAGAGGUUUGAUCCCGAUACCUACGGCGGGAAUUAUAAUGGAUAUGCGGGUGAUAUUUGGAGUUUGGGGCUAACUUUAAUGGAAUUGUAUUUGGGUUAUUUUCCGUUUUUGUUACCCGGUGAAAGACCCGAUUGGGCUACUUUGAUGUGUGCGAUUUGUUUCGGAGACCCGCCGAGCUUGCCGGAGGGUCGUGGGUCGGAGGAGUUUAGGAGCUUUGUUAGUUGUUGCCUUCAAAAAGAAGCCACUAAACGGUGGUCCGCUGCUCAAUUAUUAUCUCAUCCCUUUAUUUGUAAAACGACUAGAUAAUAUUUGCAUUUAUAAUUAAUUAUAGUUAAUCAAUCAAUUAAGUUGUGGUUUAUUUUUUAAUGAGUUUUAGAGAGUAGUUGAAUGAUAGUUUUGCGAUGUAAAUCAAGUACAGUAGAAUAUCGAUUAGUAAGGCUACUUGUUUCUUCUUCGAGGCCACUUGUUUCAUUAAUAUUAUUUGAACGAUGUAAAGUUGGUUCUCCUUUCUUUGUCAAAAAUGUUAACUACUCCAUUAUUUUGUUUUCUUUA